AUGGGUCAGAAAGAUGAGAUUUGGCUUAAGAAGAUUUUUGGAAGUCUUCAAUACCGCAUAGUUUUGAUAAAUGUGAGAGAUUUUGUGCGGUGUAAUAUUACAGCAUAUACACCAGUGGAAGUUGUGCUUGAUAACACUUCUGUGCCCUUCCUUGCUAUCCUGACCCAGAAUGUGCGUAUUGGUCAUGUUGCCCUACACCACAAGAGCUGUGUGCAGUACUUCCCAGAAAUUUGUAGUAACACACUGCUCUGGGUCAGGAAGAUCAACACUGUUAACCUGACUGAUGAAGUGUUGCUGACACCCAGCAACACAUUACCGGAACAACAGCAUUCUUUCAUAGAACGACAUUUGAAAUAUUUAUUAUAUAACAAUUUUCCUUUAGGGUCACCAUUCACUUUAAAGCUUGGUGACAAGGUUUAUCUUCCUUCAUUAAAUAAUGCUGAUAUUUCAUUCAGUGUGACCAGCUAUAAUAUGUGUAAUAAAUCUAGGCCAAGUUCGCUACAAGGUGGAAGUUUAGUUGAAGACUUUAAAAACUUGAAACUAACUGGCAGUGAUGAUUACUUUGAGAGUAGUGGAAGUAUUCCACCACUUCUGGUGACAGUGGAUGAGUGUGAAAUAUCAGUGAUAAAUAACUCUUCUACAUCCAUCACGAGCAGCGCUUUCCUCACUCUUGACGAGAUUCGUUCAGUUAGUGUGGCGUCAGACAGCAGUGUCUAUGACAACAAUGUGUUAACCUCCACAUCCAAGAAAGUGAUCACCAGUGACAGUAACUCGCGUAGAUCAUUUACCUCAAAGACUGAUAAUAAGGAAAUCUCUCUUUCUGAAAAAGAUCAAUCUCAAAUUAAUGGAGGUGAUUGUUGCAAACAAAGCUGUGGUUGGAUUAGAACUGGACUGCAAACAAAAGUUAAAUUACAACAGUUAAAGAAGAGUGAUGAUGCUGCUGAACCUGCCGCUGCUCAAGUGGUGCCGAAGCGGACAUAUUGCAGCAAUGCUGCAUAUACCUCACUUUUGAAAAUUAUGCAGACUAAACUCAACAUUAAAUUCAAAGAAAAUAGUCUGCUUGGAGGUUGGAAUGGCAUACUUGUGUGUGGAGCUUCAGGUACAGGCAAGACUAUGAUGUUACAUAAAGCAGCAGCUGAGUUGGACCUGCCAGUGGUGAACCUCACACUGGCUGAGGUCACUAGAGCAUCAGUAACUCCUGAAGAUUGUGUCCGCAACAAGUUUUUAUUGGCUCGACAAUGUGCACCAUCAGUGUUGUUUCUGGACGAGGUUGAUAGUGUUUGUGGUGGUGGGGAGCGCAGGUCACACACCAGGAGAGACCUCACUCCAGCUGUUAUACAAGGCAUACAGUCGUUACAGGUAUGUAUUAUUAUUAACCUGUAUUAUUCUAUUAAUUUUGAAAGCACAUGAAAGGAAUGAUUUUAUUUUUAUAGGAAUAACAACAGUUAUUGGGAUGUUGGUGCACUUCUGGCAAGACUGGUAUUCACUGAACGAUGGUUAAAAGGGUUUCUUUUGUUGCAUCACUGACUUAUUGUGUUGCAAAAAUAGUAGGUAUUUAUUUUUAUUAUUGUUCUUGUUUUAUUAUUAAAUUUACUUUUGAAAAUGUGUGAGAUAUUAUUAAUAAUGGAACAUUAGUGUAGAAAUUUUAGAAAGUUCUUAGUUAUGUAUUUGUG